GGCAGCGCUGGGGAGAACAAAGGGCCGAGCAGGUCCCAGGCAGCUGGGGGCUGGGACAUUGCAGGGCGCUGCUGCCUCCCUCCGCUGGGAGUCAGGGCUGAGCAGCGGCUGCUCCCACGGGACUGUGCCCCCGGGAGACCUUCGGUGCAGCCGCUUCUGCGCCCGGACAGAGGGGGCUUCCUCUGCGGGGCUGGGACUAGCCCCCGGACCCGGCUCUGCCGGCAUCAACUCCGGGCCGGAGACCCAGGCUGCAGAAUAACAUCCACAUUUUGCUCCGGAUCGUCCCAUCCUCCCAGGGGAAAGGAAAUGGCGUCAGUGGAGUCCGCUCAGGGUUUCCAGUUUCCAAACCUGAUGUGAUCUCCCGGCUGGAAAGAGGGGAAGAGCUGUGGGUCCCAGAUCUUCAGGGCUCUGAGGAAAGAGGGCUCCAGAAAGGUGCCCAGACAGCACAGGGAGUGACAUAUGUCUGGAUUCUCUCUCUGUCCUUCCAGGAGAUGGGAUGGUGAGUGAGAACAAUGAGUAUUCCCAGCAGGAAGAUGCUGAGCAACUGGAACCACGUGGGACAUUAGCAGGAAGAUGCAAAGAGAAAGUUUCUGGGAGCUGUGGAGAGGCAAAAGCCUGUGAGAAUCAGCAUAGGCCAGAGAAAAGCUUCAGUAGUGGCUCAGACCUUAUUCGACAUGAAAGAAUUAAUAUGGGAAAGAGACCUUACACAUGCUCUGAGUGUGGGAAAAGCUUUAGUCAGAGCUCAACCCUCAUCACACAUUACAGAGUUCACACUGGAGAGAGGCCGUACAUAUGCCCUGAAUGUGGGAAAAGUUUCAGUCAUGGCUCAGCCCUUAUCACACAUCAGAGAAUCCACACUGGAGAGAUGCCUUACACAUGCCCUGAAUGUGGGAAAAGCUUCAAUCACAGUUCAAAUCUCAUCAAACAUCGAAGAAUCCACACAGGAGAGACACCCUACACAUGCUCUGAGUGUGGGAGAAAUUUCUGUCGGAGUUCAGCCCUUAUCACACAUCAGAGAAUCCACACGGGUGAGACACCCUAUUCGUGCGCCGAGUGCAAGAAAACCUUCAGUGAGAGUUCAGACCUUAUUAGGCAUUGGAUAAUCCACACAGGAGAGAAACCCUACACAUGCCCUGAGUGUGGGAAAAGCUUCAACCACAGCUCAAACCUGAUCACACAUCGGAGAAUCCACACUGGAGAGACACCCUACACCUGCCUUGAGUGCGGGAAAAGCUUCAGCCAGAGCUCACACCUCAUCACACAUCAGAGAAUCCACACGGGAGAGCGACCCUACACAUGCUCUGAGUGCGGGAAAAGCUUCUGUCGAAGCUCAAACCUCAUCACACAUCAGAGAAUCCAUGUAGGGAAGACACUCUGCUCAUGCUCUGAGUGUGGGAAAAGCUUCAGUCGGAGCUCAGCCCUUAUUAGUCAUCAGCGAAUCCAUAGAGGAGUGACAAACUACACAUGCCCUGAGUGCGGGAAAAGCUUCAACCGGAGCUCACACCUCAUCACACAUCGGAGAAUCCACACGGGAGAGAAACCCUAUACGUGCUCUGAGUGUGGGAAAAGCUUCAGUCGGAACUCAAAUCUGAUCACACAUCAGAGAGUCCACACUGGAGAGACACCCUACACAUGUUCUGAGUGCGGGAAAAGCUUUAGUCAGAGCUCAACCCUCAUCACACAUCAGAGAAUCCACACAGGAGAGAGACCCUUCAAGUGCCCUGAGUGCGGGAAGAGUUUUAGUCAGAGCUCAACUUUUAUCAAACAUAAGAGAAUCCACAUAGGCGAGUAAUGCCAUAAAUGUCUUGACUAGGGCUGGCCAAAGAUUUUUUGUAAAAUACAUUAGCGAAUUCCCACAUAGUUUGCACCAUUUUCUUCAGUGUGGUGUCUCAGCUCCACAUGAGUUGCCUGCCUCUAUUUUGCACCUUCCCCUUCUUUGGGGUGAUUUUCAUGAUCCUUUAUAUCAACUCCUUUGUCUUUGGGAGUGUCUUCCUCCUCCCAGAAAUAUCCAUCAGCGCCAGGUGGGGGAGAUGGGUUGACCUUGACUAGCUACACUGAGGUAAAAGCUACCUGUGCCUUGUCUCCACUGGGAUUCUACAUGGAGGUAGCUGCUCAGCUUAGCGAUCUUCUUGUAACAACAAAAGUACAUUUGCAGUGCAGACAUAACCCGGGUACAGUGGCUGGAGUUAGCUUUCCCUUUGACCUGAGCUCACCUCCAUCAUUUUUCCUAGUCUAGACAAAUCCCGAGGAUCACGUUGAUACCAUUCCCCCAUUACAAAGUGAUUGUUAGUCACCGUGUUCCCCCUUGGGGACAGAUUGUCUCAAUUCCUGUUGUUCUCACCUUGCUCAGGGAUAUGCUGGACAGAAGUAUUUUUUCUACCAUUUUCCUCAAUUAAAAUAGAUUGAAAUAGAACAAGGAGCGGGGUGGGGUUGGGUGAAAUGUGUAAUUUCAGUCUCUGUGAUACCUAAAGGAGAUGGGGUGUGUCAAAGGGAUUCCCUCCUUCCCCAUCACUGUCACAAUCACCCCUCAGCCCAGCAGCAUUAGCUUCUGUGUAAGGCACAAUAGCGUUUAUCCUCCCCACGUUCUACCCCUGCACCUCCCAAAGUGUCAUGUGAUGCCAUGUUCUGUGUUCACCCUGUGCUUAGGUGUCACGCUUUGAUCCUAAAUCAGAUUCACUGGGGCUAGAGAUGAAAGUGUCACAGACCUGGAAGGGGGAUUUGAUGGAUUCCAAACACAGAGUAGUCAUUCUGUGCUUUCAUCUCUGCUUCCAUCUAUUGGCAAAGCUGCUUCUGGGCUUUUUCCUGGGGAUUGUUUGCAGAUGGGAAAGUCGGCUGCAUUUCCCUCUUGUGAUGAAGCUUAAAUCUUUUGUACAUAAUGUGACAUUAAUAAUGAGGUGGCACUGGGUGAAGAAAGUUUGAAUGGACCAGAGGAGAAUGCAAUGGGAGAAUCUGUUUUGAUUUAUCAGAUAUAACCUGCUCUGGAAAUUCAUUUUAUAUGAAACUGAAGGUGUUUUAAAGC